AUGGCACGCAAACCUAGCCGUCAGAGGGUCAGCUAUGUGCUGCCUCUGCCAGAUGGCCCUGGUGGCCACCGUCUGGGCGUCAAUGGACUUGCGGUAGACUCCCAGAAUUCCAUCCUAUACUCCGCAGGUCGCGAUGGCGUACUUUGUUCCUGGAACCUGAAUCCGCAACAAUCCGCGCCCUUGCCGUAUGGCUUGAACGCCAGGACGCUUGGACAGACUACAUUCGAGCGCCAGGUGCAGGCGCACAGCCACUGGAUAAACGAUAUCGUUCUCACGCAUAAUAACUCGGCCCUCGUUUCGGCUUCAUCAGAUACGACGGUGAGACUGUGGCGCCCUCACGCGGACAUCGCAGAGCUGCCCGCGUCUAUCGGCAAGCACGGGGAUUAUGUAAAGUGUCUGGCAUCCCCCGGGAACAAUUACGACUGGGUUGCAUCUGGCGGACUCGACCAUAAAAUCUAUCUCUGGGACCUCAAUGGCGCUGGAGAGAAAUUGAAAAUCGAUGCCUAUGGGGAUGAUCGCACAGCAAAGGGCUCAGUGUACGCCUUGGGCGCGGUCGGCUCUCUACUGGCCAGCGGAGGCCCAGAUUGUGUAGUCCGGUUGUGGGAUCCCAAGUCGGGCAAGCUCAUCACCAAGUUCGUUGGGCAUACAGAUAACGUCAGGGAUACACUGAUCAACCAGCAAGGGGACACCAUCAUCACCGCCUCCUCAGACCAGACCAUCAAGGUCUGGUCGUUGACGGCAGGAAGAUGCAUGCACACGUUGACCAUGCACAAUGAUAGCGUCUGGUCACUCUAUUCGGAUCAUCCGCAGCUGUCGGUGUUCUACUCCAGCGAUCGUUCUGGCCUUGUCGCAAAGACCGACACGAGAGAUGCACCAGACAUAGACCAAGGAACAUGCAUCGCCGUCCUGCAGGAGAAUGAUGGAGUGGGCAAGGUAGUGGCCUCGGAAGGUUACAUCUGGACAGCAACACCAAAGUCGAGCAUAAAUCGCUGGUACGAUAUCGACACGACUCUUGACAUCGAAUCUCCUCCACCAGCGGGGUUCCGCCAGAGUUUGAGUAUGGCCUCUGUGCAGGUCGACUCGCCCCCAGAAUCACUUGUAGACGUGCCAUCUUCCACGACCAAUGGUCAUGCAAAACCGAAGAUCCCACACACUGCUGUGCUGCGACUAUCUAACACUUCGACGUAUGCGAGAGCGCGCGAUCCGGAUGGGGUGACAAUCUACUCCGCUACAAGCAUCAAAAAGCCUGCCGAGUCACUGGACGAUGAUCUCGACCUUGUCCUUCCUAUCCAGACUUUACCUGAGGAGACCAUUGAAGGUCAGCAUGGUCUGAUCAAAUACCUUAUGCUCAACGAUCGAAAGCGCACCCUUACUCAGGAUACAGCAGGAGAAGUGGUCCUAUGGGAUCUCCUGAGGUGUAUCCCUAUAAAAUCAUUCGGCAAGCGCCACAUCGAUGACGUGGCCGAUGAAGUGAACACCGUUGAAAGCGUCGCGCAUUGGUGCACGCUUGAUAUACGGACGGGGAGGCUCUCAGUGAUCUUGGAGCUGAACCGGUGUUUCGAUGCGGAAGUAUAUGCAGACGAGACAGACAUUGCCGACAGACAGGAUUUUAAAGAAGAUCAAAGAAUAAACUUGGGUAAAUGGGUCCUGCGUUGGCUAUUUGCUCCCCUGGUUGAGGAAGAAAUCAAGCGCGAUGGCGCUUAUCGCGAGUCUGCUGUGGCCAAGUCCGAAGAGCUGAGAACUCCGGGGCGUACAACGCCCCCUAAAGCCAUAGGACUUCCCUUCAUUGAUACCCAGGCAGCCAGUUCAUAUAUGUCUGAGUCUUCGAUGUCUGGUUCGAACGGGUUACAGAGACCACCUGGUACCCCAGGCCUUGCGAUAGGACUAGCAACUCCGAGAGUCGGCUCAGCUUGUCAGAGCUCCUCGAAUGCGUAUAGCUCGGCUCUCCCUCCCACAGAUGAAGGGGCUGCGCAGCCGGAUUCGGAUGCCACGAGGCGUUCCUUAUCGGAAAGGUCCACUGACUAUUUCUCAGCCAAUCCACUCUCUCCUGGGGCAGACACAGAUAGGGCGGCUGGGUCCCCUGAAGACCCGAACUUGACAGCAUUGCCUCAAUCACCGGUAGACGCAGAAAAGGACGAGAGAAAGAAAAGCGGUUCUUUGUUUGGCAAGAAGUUCCGGAUGGACUUCCCCCGAAAGCUCACGCGGACUUCGACUGAUGUGAGACCUCCCGUUCAAGAAGAGAAGAACGAGGAGUCAGACAAGUCAUCUGUGAAGGAGGAAAAGGUGUUCGAGAACAACCUUGGUGGUGUUGUAGAGAGGAUACGGCAUGAAUACGAUACAUUUCUGGCAGCCAAUCCUGGACAGACACUGAAUACAUCCAUUGCACCAAGUCUGGAGAGCGAAACCCCCGUAUUAGAUAUACCUUCCACUACCGCAAUCCUUAUUCAGGAAGAAUCUGGAGACUCGGCUGUGGCAGCAGAUCUCUAUCGAGGGUCGGUUGCCACAGUUGGCAAGGAGGUGGAUAGACUGGAAAAGUCCGUACCACUGUGGCUUGGCGAACUCCUUCUCAAGAAUCUCAUCCCCGCGAAGGAUAUCGUCAAGAUCGCAUUCACUUUGAAACCUUACGAGGAUCUUUUACCCCCCGUUGUCAAACCAGACCCGACAAACACUAAUACUUCUCGCCUCAACGCCAACCGCAUGCUUCGAGCCAAAAAGAUUCUCGCGUAUAUCGCGGAACGAAUAGAGUCGCCAGGUCCCGAAGGACAAGAGGAGGAUGCAAUGAAGCCCGAGGAAUACCUGGAGCUCUACUGUCAGAAUACUUUGAUACCCCCUAACAUGACACUGGCCACUAUUCGAACUCAGAUCUGGCGAUCCUCCGGAGACAUAGUCUUAGUUUAUAAAGCCAACGGAAAGAAACACAUACCGAUGAAUAGGUCUGCGCGGAGCAGCGUGAAUGAACACGACACCGACCAUGUUCCUGGUAAACAUUCGCCUGACCUUGGGCGCUUACCCAAUGGGGAGAGUGCGCUGUCGGGAAGCUUCUCUUCGAUUGCUGCAUCGGGAUAUACGUCGGCCUCUGCAACGCCGUCUAUCCCAGGCAAUUGA